AUCUCCCGCUGUGGCGCGUCCCUUCGUGCACGGCGACCGUGAAAGAGUGAGGACACACAGCUAUAGCGUGUGACAAACUAUAGGAGAGAGGGUAGGGUAGGGCACAGGUGUGAGGGGGCGAAGGGAGAGGCGAGCCAUCAUCUGCUCCUCGUGAUGCGCGCCGCGCAUUGCUGCCGCAGCCGCUGCUGAGAGCUGGCCGCUUUCUCCUCUCCCGCUUGAACUCUUCUUCCUCCCAGGCCCCAACUCCGCCCCACUCCCCACUCCAGUCCCCUCGUCGCCGUUUGGCCAAAACCCUAGUGCCCAUCUCGUCCGCCGCCGCCGCCGCCGCGCUCCUGCUGGACUCAGUGAUGCCGGUUCUUGGUCCCGGAAAGCCGCUGGUUUGGUCACCAACCUGCAGGCACCUACUAGUCCUAACUUGAAAUGCAUCAGCCGUUGUACGGCCUCCCACCCAGAUGAAGGUGCAGGUCCAUGAGCAGGAGGGCUCAAAGGGGAUGGGCUCUUCCGGGUGCUCAGAGAUAGUCGAAUUAAUGGAUGAGCCGAAAGAUGCUCGUCCGGACGGGGUCACCCACCUGAGGGUGAGGGUCAAGCAGGUGGGGCAGGAGCAUGGGGCGCGGUCGUGCUCGGUUGAGGAUGAUCUUGACCGGCUCAUCAGAUCGAUCAAUGUGCGAACGUCGGCGAGGGCUUCUGGGCAGACGAGCACAGACAGGAGGCUUAUUGCGCUUGGUAAGUCGCCAGUGUCGAGCUCGGAGAUUGUGGAGUCCGUUAGCCUGAAGCAGGCCCUGAGGAAGAUGUGCAUCUCCCAGGCCUCGGAGAUGGCCGCCAUGAAGAGGUUGCCGAAGCCAACAGUGUUGUCGAAUCCUAAAGAUUCUGGGGCAAUCAAGAAGCUAUAUGCCUCUGUUGUGGUUCAAACCAAUGAGGAGCAAGAUGACAAGAAUAAGGUUGUGAAAGUGCCUGUUUUGCCUGAGAAGGCUGCAGCAAGCUCAUUGGAUAAGUCAGUUGAGACCAAUAAGGGACGCAGUAAGAGCUCGGUGAAGAAUCAUGUGCGAUCAGCAUCUCCAACCACAGCCAAGAUCCAUAAAACCAGAAUCCAAGGUGGGAUCAGCAACAAGUCAUCAGAGGCAGUUGAAGAUCCUUCUGUGGGUACAACACUGGCGAAACAGAGAAAGGGAAAAUCUGCGAAAACAUCUACCAGUCCCCGGGCAGUUCCAGUAGGCGGUUCACGCCUGGUGAGACCAAUGUUUCGGAAUAAAACCUCAACCAAAAAGAAGGUUAAACCUGAACCAUCUGUAGCGGCAGCACCCCAUAAGAAUUGUGAGGCAAAAAGUUCUAAUUCUCACACCGAUAAAAAGCAGGAGGUCCUUCAGGAUGAACCCAGAACUCCAGUACCAACUAACAAGAAGGGUGCUCUCAGCUCUACCUGUGUUGAAGGAGCUGAUUUUGGCACCAAAGGAUGUGGUGUUGGUGUGACCCAUGGUUCGAAGUGUGGUGAGUUGUCAAGAUCAAAGGAAAAGGGUGAAAGCUCCCAAAGCUCGAAGAGCAGCAUUGGUGAUUAUAGCACCAGCACGAGCAUCAGUGAAGAUAGUUAUGGCAGUUUCAGUGCUAAUGGCAGCAGGCCUCACAUGUCAAAAGAUGUGAGAUGGGGAGCCAUUAGGCGCAUGGCUAUCCAACAAGGGAACUUGGGAUUGAAGAACUUCAAGCUUCUCAAACAACUUGGUUGUGGGGAUAUUGGCACUGUUUAUCUGGCCGACUUGGUGGGUUCAGACUGCAUGUUUGCAUUGAAGGUUAUGGACAUUGAGUACCUGAUAAGUAGAAAGAAGAUGCUCAGAGCACAAACUGAGAGGGAGAUACUGCAAAUGCUUGACCACCCAUUCCUUCCAACCCUGUAUUCUCAUUUCACGGCAGACAAUCUAUCAUGCCUAGUAAUGGAGUUUUGUCCAGGCGGUGACCUGCAUGUUCUGAGGCAGAAACAACCUACCAGAACCUUUUCGGAAGCAGCUGCGAGGUUCUAUGUUGCUGAAGUCCUCUUAGCAUUGGAGUACCUCCAUAUGUUGGGGGUCAUAUAUCGUGAUCUAAAGCCAGAGAACAUACUUGUUCGUGAAGAUGGGCACAUCAUGCUUUCUGACUUUGAUCUGUCCCUGAGGUGCUCGGUGAGUCCAAUGCUUGUGAGAUCAUCAUCGGUAGGCAGGGAUGAGCCAAGUAGGCCUUCUGGCCCCUGUGCACAAAGCUGCAUUGAUCCAUUGUGUAUCCAGCCAUCAUGGAGCAAUUCUUCUUGCUUCACGCCCCGGCUGGUUUCUUCUACUACAUCAAGGACACGGAGGCCUAGAGCUGAGCCCCUUAAGAAGCCAUCACUUCCAGAGCUUGUUGUUGAGCCCACGGAUGCAAGAUCAAAUUCAUUUGUUGGGACUCAUGAAUACCUUGCCCCAGAGAUCAUUAGAGGAGAUGGCCAUGGUAGCUCGGUUGAUUGGUGGACUCUUGGCAUCUUCCUUUAUGAAUUGCUCUAUGGGAAGACACCAUUCAGGGGACCUGGCAACGAGGAAACACUCUCAAAUGUGAUCUCACAGGGACUGAAGUUCCCUGAUAACCCAGCUGUCAGCUUCCAUGCACGAGAUUUGAUCAGAGGGUUGCUUGUAAAGGAGCCAGAGUAUCGGCUUGGCUCGUCAAGAGGAGCUGCUGAGAUCAAGCAGCAUCCCUUCUUCGAAGGCCUCAACUGGGCCUUGAUCCGGUGGACCGCGCCGCCAGAGGCUCCAAAAAGCUUUGAUGCUGCAACUCUCACGACGGCGGCACGCAAGAAAAAGGAAGGUAAAUGUCUGGAGUUCCGGCUGAAUGGAGACGACAUUGAGUUCGAGCUCUUUUAGUGGUAGCAGUAGUUGUAUUACUGUUGUAGUCCCAAGAAUAUAUCCAUAGCAUGGUAAGCUAGCUAGAUGUAGUCCCACUUCCCUGCAGUUUUCUGUUGAAAAUGAUAUGUCCGUUUGACAUUUGCCGAUGUUGGGAAGUAAACUAAGGUGGGCUGUUAAGCCUGUAACUUUAUUCCUUGUUAAUACCAUCAAAUAUCAGAAGAGCACGGUUUGGGAAAAUCCUGGGCACGUUCAAGAUGCAACUGGUAGAAUGCGUUGCCGUAUGCAUCAGUUUGUUCCUUGUUGGCUUCUGGAUUGAGCUGUGACUUGUUAGUUAAUGCUGGGAAGUGGGAAGUAAUAACUCAGUGUAAGGUCUGUAACUUUAUUCCAUGUUAAUAACAUAAAAGUUAGGAGCA